AUGGCCUUUGUGAGACACUACGGAAGAGCAGAGUACUUUAUCACUAUGACAUGUAAUCCACGUUGGCCCGAAAUUGUUGACAAUUUGGCUCCCGGACAAGAGAGUCAUGAUCGACCAGAUAUUGUUGCGAGAGUCUUCAGAUUAAAAGUGAAAAAGUUUAUGGAACAUAUGAAGAAGGGAAUAUUUGGUACUUUGCAAGCAUGGCUGUACACCAUUGAGUACCAGAAGAGAGGUUUACCCCAUGCACACUUUCUUUUCUGGAUAGCUCCAGAGCACAAAAUCAAAGCCGAAGAAUAUGAUUUGGCAAUUUUUGCAGAAAUCCCUAAAAAAAAGCAAGAUAAAGAACUCCAUGAUCUGGUCAUGAAACACAUGAUCCAUGGCCCAUGUGGUCCCCUAAAUGAAGGAUCCCCGUGUAUGGUCGACAGAAAAUGUUCCAAACAAUUUCCCAAAGAUUUCCUACAAGCUACUGAACAAGGGAAUGACUCCUAUCCAAAAUAUAGAAGGAGAAAGCCAGAAGAUGGAGGUCACAUUGGCAAGAUCAAAAUGAGACAAUAUGGACGUCAAGUUGAGCAAGAAAUCACCAAUCAAUGGGUAGUGCCUUACAAUACAUAUUUGUUGCGACAAUUCAACUGUCAUAUCAAUGUUGAAAUCUGCUCAUCAAUUCAUUCAAUCAAGUAUUGCAUCAGAUACAUAUCAAAGGGGUCAGAUCAAGCUGUUUUUGAGUUACAAAAUAUUGCACAAGUCAAUAGUCAAGAACCACAGGUGAUUGAUGAAAUCAGCCAAUACCAAAACAUGAGAUAUGUGUCAUCAUCAGAAGCAGCAUGGCGGAUUCAUGAGCAUCCUACACAUGUGCAUUUCCCACCAGUUGUUGGUUUGGCAAUUCAUCUUGAGAAUGGACAAAGAGUGCUCUUUCGUGAAGAAAAUGCAUUAGAGAGAGCUGUUGGCCCUCCACCUCCUACAACUUUGACACGUUUUUUCCAGCUCUGCCAAGAUGAUGACUUUGCAAAGGCAUUGAAGUAUGCUGAACUCCCACAAUAUUACAUUUGGAUUAAAAGUACAAAGAAAUGGAAUCGUCGCAAGAGAGGUACUUUGAUUGAUGGAGUUAAUGAGGAUGGCCCGGUUUGGAAAGCUCCGGCCAUUGGCAGGAUGUACACAAUCAGCCCAAGAGUUGGAGAGUGUUAUUUUUUGAGACUUCUCCUGAACGAAGUGAGAGGACCAACUUCAUUCCAAGAUCUAAAAAUAGUUGAUGGCAUUCUAUGCACAACAUUCAGAGAAGCUUGCCUUGCCAGGGGGCUUUUGGAGAGUGAUGACCAUUUACGACUUGCCAUGCAAGAAGCAAGAAUUUCUCAGUCACCUGCAAACAUGAGAUGCCUCUUUGCCAUAAUUUUGACAGCAUGUUCGCCAAGUAAUCCAGCAGAGCUUUGGGAGAUAUUCAAAGAAACAUUGUCAGAAGAUGAUUUAAUGCAACAUCGCAGGUCUAUGAAUGAUCCAGAUGCUCCAGUCUCAGAUUUAAUUUUCAAUCAAGUUUUGUGUCAUUUGGAAUACAAAGUUCUCAUGAUGGGAGGACAUGUUUUGACAACAUAUGGCUUACCAAGAGCACCCCAUGUUGAUAAUGAGCAGCUUUGUCGUGAAUACAGACAUGAGACCAACUACAAUCAGGAGGAGUUGGCAGUUCAGGUUGAUGAACAAUAUAAAAAAUUGACAGAGGAUCAAAGGAGUGCUUAUACAGCAUUUUUGGAGAUGAUGAAUGGUGAAAGAGAAGAUCAUAAAAACAUUAUGUUUCUUGAUGCACCUGGAGGAACAGGUAAGACUUAUUUGCAAAACUUAAUUCUAGCAAAAAUUAGGUCAGGAGGAAAAAUUGUGCUGGCAACUGCAUCAAGUGGUAUUGCAGCAACAUUGUUGGAAGGAGGACGUACUUUGCAUAGCACUUUCAAAGUACCAUUGGACACAUACAGAAUGGAUGAGCCUACAUGUUCAGUUACUCGAAACUCUAACAUGGCCAAAGUAAUACGGGAAACAAAAGCAAUAAUUGUUGAUGAAGCCCCCAUGGCUCAUAAGACUGUUUUUGAAGCUAUUGAUCGAACUUUACAAGACGUCACAGGUGUCAAGAAGACAAUGGGUGGUAUUCAAACUCUACUAUCAGGGGACUUCCGUCAAAUUUUGCCUGUUGUGAAAAAUGGAACAAGAGCAAACAUUGUUGAUGCAAGUUCAAAGGAAUCCUACCUUUGGAGACACGUAUUUGUGAAGAAGCUGACAACAAAUAUGAGGGCUCAUAUGACUGGAGAUUCAGAUUCAGCAAACUUUUCAAACCUUCUUCUUACAAUUGGAGAUGGACACCUCCCUUAUGUGGAAGUACCUGAUACAAUUUUAGUUCCUGAAGAACUUUGCAAAUGUGUUGAGAAACUAGAGGAUUUGAAGGCAAGAGCGUAUCCAGACUUGAGCUUGAAUGGAAAACAUCCAGACUGGCUUGCUGAGCGAGCGAUUGUUUCUCCAUUAAAUGCCAAUGUCAACAAGUUGAAUAAAUGGUUAAUGAGUGAAUUUCCAGGGCAGGAAAAAGUGUACAAAUCUAUUGACACUACAACAAAUGAUGAUGAAGCUGUACAGUAUCCUACAGAGUUCUUGAAUUCAAUUGAGCUUUCUGGAAUGCCUCCCCAUCUUCUGAAAGUUAAAGUUGGUUCUCCGAUCAUGAUUUUGAGAUCAUUGGACCCACCCCAAACAAUAAAUGGAACAAGAUGUGUUGUAACAAGAUUGCAUGAGAACUUGAUUGAAGCAACCAUUAUAUUCGGCCCUUACAAAGGUCAAGCUCUUCUCAUUCCGAGGAUUCCACUUAUACCAAGUGAUAGCGAGUUGCCUUUUGCAUUUAGGAGGCUGCAGUUCCCAGUGAGGCCAUGCUUUGCCAUGAGCAUCAAUAAGAGUCAAGGUCAAACUUUCAAAAACUAUUGGUAUAGAUCUGACAAACCCAUGUUUCAGUCAUGGCAUGUUUUAUGUGGCUGUUUCAAGGACUGGAACUUCAAAAAACCUCUACAUUUUAGCCAAUCAAAGAAAGACAAGAAAUGUUGUUUACCCUGA